AUGACCUCGCACACACACUUCGCUGCACUUGCGGCGUUUCUCCACGAUACCCAGGCGCAGCACCAGCGGAUGGGAGCUGGCCAGGGCACGACCUGGGAACGGUCGAAUGUUGAUGACUGA